AUGUGUAAGAGGAAAUAUUGUUUCGUUUGUCACAAGUAUUUUAUUAUGUCAAUAAAGACAGAUGUGGCAGAUGACAGCUCACUCUGUGCUUUGUUCAAAACCUCUCUAGCAGCUGCAGGGUCCAAAUUUUCUACUGGAUGUGCUUCUUCUGCAAGAAUCUACAAUAAAGGAAAAAUGGUUAUAAUUCAAGCCCUUUUAGUUGAUAAUAACUUUGAAAAGAAUAAAACAAAUGUUUUAUAA